ACCUGAAAUGAUAACCCUCAUGGAGACUUUUUGGUCCCCCUUCCCUAACCUAAAGAGAGAUCUCCUCUGAUUACACACCCGUUUGGCCCUUAUUACAGCCUGCUCUCCCCUCUAUUGUAAUUCCAUAUUUAGCUUAUCCAUUCAUCUGGGGGACUAGGAGCCCUUUGAAGGCAAAGGCUAGGUCUUACCGAUCUGGGUUCCCAGGCCCUAAAAGUUUGGCCCAGGGCCUUGCCCACAACAGGCCUUCAAGGAAUGCUUGCUGGGUGAAUGGAGGGAGAAUGUCUACAUAAUGGAAGGAGAAACAUUAGGGGUGGGGCAUUGAAGCACAGGGUGCUGUGCUUGUGAUAGAAGUGUAUUUGUGGGGAAGCCUUGUUUGUGGGAUGGAGUCCCUGCAAGAAGAUAAUGCAGUCCUGACAGGAUCUGUGUAUUGGCUGUGUGACUGAGAUAACAUGUUUGUAGAGACUGUGUAGGUAGUUCUGUGGGAAAGAGCUCUGUGCAUAGGCUGGGGUGCAUUUGGGGAGAAUGAAUGUGCAUACAGGUAUAGAGGGGCUGUGUUGGUAGAAGUCAGGUCCAGCUCUUCAGCUGCCCAGUCCAGCCCUAAAUGAGCCUCCAGCAGCCAGAGGCCGGAUAUGUCAGUCUCACCCACAAACCCUCCUCCCCCCUCCCCGCGGUUACGGACUCAGAGGCCAAAUUUGGUAACAGACUGAGUGUUACUCCCCCAACCCUCUUACAUUCUGACUGCCUUCAGCUUUCUCUCUCCUUUUGUUCCUCUCUGUAACUCCCAAUCUUUCUGCAGUCCCCUCUGUGGAUAUCUGCUCUGAAUAUAUUCUCCAGGUACCCCAAAUUCCUUAGCCCCAGUACACUUACAUUCCAUUCCUUGCUGGGAUUUGACCUCCUGUCCUCCAUUCCCCCCCUCAAUUGCCCAACUCCUCUGGAAUGCAUCUCAGGAAUGUAUUGAGGGAGGAGGAGUUCCCUGGGAGGGGGGACAUAGGGGGAAUGUUGCUGUUCCAUAAAACAUGAUGGAAAGGGGAGCAAAGUUCUGAGGCCAGUGCAGUAACUGGAUAGCUUCUACUCAUAUUUCCAGGGCCUUGUUCUUUGCUACCACUACCCCCAAUUCACUGACCAAUUCCUCGCCUCCCCUCACCCUCUGGUAGCUGUGUGGACAUUCUCUCAGAACCAGCCUGGGAGUAGGGUAGGCAUGACUCAACUCCCUUAUCGGGGUCUCACCAGAUACUUCCGUGCUUGAGGAAGAAGGGGGUGUCCAUAUGUCCGGAGGAAAUGGGGGGAGACAUGAAAUUUUAGCUUAAGGUGAAGGGUCCUUUCAGUCCCGCUCUUAGCUCCUUGGACUCUUCCAGCUUCUCUGACCUUACAGCCAUCAUUCUUUCGUGGUCAGCCACCCCACGGCCAGGUAUAGCCAGGCUGGAGAGGAAAAGCUGCCACCAUGGUUGCACUUUCGCUAAAGAUCAGCAUUGGGAACGUGGUGAAGACGAUGCAGUUUGAGCCGUCUACCAUGGUGUACGACGCCUGCCGCAUGAUUCGAGAGCGGAUUCCAGAGGCCCUGGCUGGCCCUCCCAGCGACUUUGGGCUGUUUCUGUCAGAUGAUGACCCCAAAAAGGGUAUAUGGCUGGAGGCUGGGAAAGCUUUGGAUUACUACAUGCUCCGAAAUGGGGAUACCAUGGAGUACAGGAAGAAACAGAGACCCCUGAAGAUCCGUAUGCUAGAUGGCACUGUGAAGACUGUCAUGGUGGAUGACUCCAAGACUGUCACUGACAUGCUCAUGACCAUUUGUGCACGCAUUGGUAUCACCAACCAUGAUGAAUACUCACUGGUUCGAGAGCUGAUGGAAGAGAAAAAGGAGGAGGUGACAGGGACCUUACGAAAGGAUAAGACACUGCUUCGAGAUGAAAAGAAGAUGGAGAAACUAAAGCAGAAACUGCACACGGAUGAUGAGUUGAACUGGCUGGACCAUGGCCGGACACUGAGGGAGCAGGGAGUGGAGGAGCAUGAGACGCUACUGCUGCGGAGGAAGUUCUUCUACUCAGACCAGAACGUGGAUUCCCGGGACCCCGUACAGCUGAACCUUCUUUAUGUGCAGGCACGAGAUGACAUCCUGAAUGGCUCCCACCCUGUCUCCUUCGACAAGGCCUGUGAGUUUGCUGGCUUCCAGUGCCAGAUACAGUUUGGGCCCCACAACGAGCAGAAGCACAAGGCUGGUUUCCUUGACCUGAAGGACUUCCUGCCCAAGGAGUAUGUGAAGCAGAAGGGAGAGCGUAAAAUCUUCCAGGCACACAAGAAUUGUGGGCAGAUGAGUGAGAUUGAGGCCAAGGUCCGCUACGUGAAGCUAGCCCGUUCCCUCAAGACUUAUGGCGUCUCCUUCUUCCUGGUGAAGGAAAAAAUGAAAGGGAAGAACAAGCUAGUUCCCAGGCUUCUGGGCAUCACUAAGGAGUGUGUGAUGCGAGUAGACGAGAAGACCAAGGAGGUGAUCCAGGAAUGGAACCUCACCAACAUCAAACGCUGGGCUGCCUCUCCCAAGAGCUUUACCCUGGAUUUCGGGGAUUACCAAGAUGGCUACUAUUCAGUACAGACGACUGAAGGGGAACAGAUUGCACAGCUCAUUGCUGGCUACAUCGAUAUCAUCCUUAAGAAGAAAAAAAGCAAGGAUCACUUUGGGCUGGAGGGAGACGAGGAGUCUACUAUGCUGGAGGACUCUGUGUCCCCCAAAAAGUCAACAGUCCUUCAGCAGCAGUAUAACCGGGUGGGGAAAGUGGAGCAUGGCUCUGUGGCCCUGCCUGCCAUCAUGCGCUCUGGAGCCUCUGGUCCUGAGAAUUUCCAGGUGGGCAGCAUGCCCCCUGCCCAGCAGCAGAUUACCAGUGGCCAGAUGCACCGAGGACACAUGCCUCCUUUGACUUCAGCCCAGCAGGCACUCACUGGCACCAUCAACUCCAGCAUGCAGGCUGUGCAGGCUGCCCAGGCCACCCUGGAUGACUUUGACACUCUGCCCCCUCUCGGUCAGGAUGCUGCCUCUAAGGCCUGGCGUAAGAACAAGAUGGAUGAAUCAAAGCAUGAAAUCCACUCCCAGGUAGAUGCUAUCACAGCUGGUACUGCCUCCGUGGUGAAUCUGACGGCAGGGGAUCCUGCAGAGACAGACUAUACUGCAGUGGGCUGUGCAGUCACCACUAUCUCCUCCAACCUGACGGAGAUGUCCCGAGGGGUGAAGCUGCUGGCCGCCCUGCUGGAGGAUGAAGGCGGCAGUGGCCGGCCCCUGCUGCAGGCAGCAAAGGGCCUCGCGGGGGCAGUGUCAGAACUGCUGCGUAGUGCCCAGCCAGCUAGUGCUGAGCCCCGUCAGAACCUGCUGCAAGCAGCUGGGAACGUGGGCCAGGCCAGUGGGGAGCUGUUGCAGCAAAUUGGGGAAAGUGAUACUGACCCCCAGUUCCAGAUAUGUGCUCCCAGAGGGGCUGGGGUUCGAUCUCCCCCCGAUUCCCCUACGGACAUGCUAAUGCAACUUGCCAAGGCAGUGGCAAGUGCCGCAGCUGCCCUGGUCCUUAAGGCUAAGAGCGUGGCCCAGAGAACAGAGGAUCCAGGGCUUCAGACCCAAGUUAUUGCUGCAGCAACACAGUGUGCUCUGUCCACUUCCCAACUGGUGGCCUGCACCAAGGUGGUGGCACCUACAAUCAGCUCACCUGUCUGCCAAGAACAGCUGGUGGAGGCCGGACGACUGGUGGCCAAAGCUGUGGAGGGCUGCGUGUCUGCCUCCCAGGCAGCUACAGAGGAUGGGCAGCUGUUGCGAGGGGUAGGAGCAGCAGCUACAGCUGUCACUCAGGCCCUGAACGAGCUGCUGCAGCACGUGAAGGCCCAUGCCACAGGAGCUGGGCCUGCUGGCCGUUACGACCAGGCCACCGACACCAUCCUUACUGUCACUGAGAACAUCUUCAGCUCCAUGGGUGAUGCGGGGGAGAUGGUGCGACAGGCCCGCAUCCUGGCCCAAGCCACCUCUGACCUGGUCAAUGCCAUCAAGGCCGAUGCUGAGGGGGAGAGUGAUCUGGAGAACUCACGAAAGCUCUUAAGUGCUGCCAAGAUCCUGGCUGAUGCCACAGCCAAGAUGGUGGAGGCUGCCAAGGGAGCAGCUGCCCACCCCGACAGUGAGGAGCAGCAGCAGAGGCUUCGGGAGGCAGCUGAGGGGCUACGCAUGGCCACCAACGCGGCUGCACAGAAUGCCAUCAAGAAGAAGCUGGUGCAGCGCCUGGAGCAUGCAGCCAAGCAGGCUGCAGCCUCUGCCACACAGACCAUCGCUGCAGCCCAACAUGCAGCCUCCACCCCCAAAGCUUCUGCCGGCCCCCAGCCCCUGCUGGUGCAGAGCUGCAAGGCUGUGGCAGAGCAGAUUCCACUGCUGGUGCAGGGCGUCCGAGGGAGCCAAGCGCAGCCUGACAGCCCCAGCGCUCAGCUAGCCCUCAUUGCUGCCAGCCAGAGCUUCCUGCAGCCAGGUGGAAAGAUGGUGGCAGCCGCUAAGGCCUCAGUGCCAACAAUUCAGGACCAGGCUUCGGCCAUGCAGCUGAGUCAGUGUGCCAAGAACCUCGGCACUGCACUGGCUGAACUCCGUACUGCUGCCCAGAAGGCCCAGGAAGCAUGUGGGCCUUUGGAGAUGGAUUCGGCACUGAGUGUGGUACAGAAUCUGGAGAAGGACCUGCAGGAAGUGAAGGCAGCGGCCCGGGAGGGCAAGCUCAAACCCUUGCCUGGGGAGACAAUGGAGAAGUGUGCCCAGGACCUGGGCAACAGCACCAAAGCAGUGAGCUCCGCCAUCGCCCAGCUGCUGGGAGAGGUUGCCCAGGGCAAUGAGAAUUAUGCAGGUAUCGCAGCUCGGGAAGUGGCAGGUGGGCUGCGGUCACUGGCUCAGGCCGCUAGGGGCGUAGCUGCGCUGACAUCAGAUCCUGCGGUGCAGGCCAUUGUGCUUGACACAGCCAGUGAUGUGCUGGACAAGGCCAGCAGCCUCAUCGAGGAGGCAAAAAAGGCAGCUGGCCACCCAGGGGACCCUGAGAGCCAGCAGCGGCUUGCCCAGGUAGCUAAAGCAGUGACCCAGGCAUUGAACCGCUGUGUCAGUUGCCUACCCGGCCAGCGAGAUGUGGAUAAUGCCCUAAGAGCAGUCGGAGAUGCCAGCAAGCGACUCCUGAGUGACAAGCUUCCUCCCAGCACUGGGACAUUUCAAGAAGCUCAGAGCCGGUUGAAUGAAGCUGCUGCUGGGCUGAAUCAGGCAGCCACUGAACUGGUGCAGGCCUCUCGGGGAACCCCACAGGACCUGGCUCGAGCCUCAGGUCGAUUUGGACAGGACUUCAGCACCUUCCUGGAAGCUGGUGUGGAGAUGGCAGGACAGGCUCCGAGCCAGGAGGACCGAGCCCAGGUGGUGUCCAACUUGAAGGGCAUCUCCAUGUCUUCAAGCAAACUUCUUCUGGCUGCCAAGGCCCUAUCCACAGACCCUGCUGCCCCCAACCUCAAGAGUCAACUGGCUGCAGCUGCCAGGGCAGUGACUGACAGCAUCAAUCAGCUCAUCACCAUGUGCACCCAGCAGGCACCUGGCCAGAAAGAGUGUGACAAUGCCCUGCGGGAAUUGGAGACAGUCCGGGAACUCCUGGAGAACCCAGUCCAGCCCAUCAAUGACAUGUCCUACUUUGGCUGCCUGGACAGUGUGAUGGAGAACUCAAAGGUGCUGGGGGAAGCCAUGACUGGCAUCUCCCAGAAUGCCAAGAAUGGAAACCUGCCGGAGUUUGGGGAGGCCAUUGCCACAGCCUCAAAAGCACUCUGCGGUUUCACCGAGGCAGCUGCACAGGCCGCAUAUCUGGUUGGCGUCUCUGACCCCAAUAGCCAAGCUGGACAGCAAGGGCUGGUGGAGCCCACACAGUUUGCCCGAGCAAACCAGGCAAUUCAGAUGGCCUGUCAAAGUUUGGGGGAGCCUGGCUGUACCCAAGCCCAGGUGCUCUCUGCAGCCACCAUUGUGGCCAAACACACCUCUGCACUGUGUAACAGCUGCCGCCUGGCUUCUGCCCGUACUGCCAAUCCUACUGCCAAGCGCCAGUUUGUACAAUCAGCCAAGGAGGUGGCCAACAGCACAGCUAAUCUCGUCAAGACCAUCAAGGCGCUAGAUGGGGCAUUCACAGAGGAGAACCGUGCCCAGUGCCGAGCAGCGACAGCACCUCUGCUGGAGGCUGUGGACAAUCUGAGUGCCUUUGCAUCCAAUCCUGAGUUCUCCAGCAUUCCUGCCCAGAUCAGCCCUGAGGGCCGGGCUGCCAUGGAGCCAAUUGUGAUCUCUGCCAAGACAAUGUUGGAAAGUGCUGGGGGACUAAUCCAGACUGCCCGGGCCCUAGCAGUCAACCCCCGGGACCCCCCACGCUGGUCAGUGCUGGCUGGCCAUUCCCGUACUGUCUCAGACUCCAUCAAGAAGCUUAUUACAAGCAUGAGGGACAAGGCUCCAGGGCAGCUGGAAUGCGAGACGGCCAUUGCAGCUCUGAACAGCUGUCUACGGGACCUAGACCAGGCUUCCCUUGCUGCAGUCAGCCAGCAGCUUGCUCCCCGUGAGGGAAUCUCUAAAGAGGCCUUGCACACUCAGAUGCUCACUGCAGUGCAGGAGAUCUCCCAUCUCAUUGAGCCACUCGCCAGUGCUGCCCGGGCUGAAGCCUCCCAGCUAGGACACAAGGUGUCCCAGAUGGCCCAGUACUUUGAGCCACUCACUCUGGCUGCAGUGGGUGCUGCCUCAAAGACCCUGAGCCACCCGCAGCAGAUGGCACUCCUGGACCAGACUAAAACAUUGGCAGAGUCUGCCCUGCAGUUGCUGUACACCGCCAAGGAGGCUGGUGGUAACCCCAAGCAAGCAGCUCACACCCAGGAAGCCCUGGAGGAGGCUGUCCAGAUGAUGACAGAGGCUGUAGAGGACCUGACAACAACCCUCAACGAGGCAGCCAGUGCUGCUGGGGUUGUUGGUGGCAUGGUGGACUCCAUCACCCAGGCCAUCAACCAGCUAGAUGAAGGACCAAUGGGUGAACCAGAGGGUUCCUUUGUGGAUUACCAGACAACUAUGGUGCGGACAGCCAAGGCCAUUGCAGUCACUGUUCAGGAGAUGGUAACCAAGUCAAACACCAACCCUGAGGAACUGGGUCCUCUCGCUAACCAGUUGACCAGUGACUAUGGCCGCCUGGCCUCACAGGCCAAACCUGCAGCUGUAGCGGCUGAAAAUGAAGAGAUAGGUGCCCAUAUCAAGCACCGGGUACAGGAGCUGGGCCACGGCUGUUCUGCUCUGGUCACCAAGGCAGGGGCCCUGCAGUGCAGCCCCAGUGAUGCCUACACCAAGAAGGAGCUCAUAGAAUGUGCUCGGAGAGUCUCUGAGAAGGUCUCCCACGUCCUAGCUGCGCUCCAGGCUGGGAAUCGUGGCACCCAGGCCUGCAUCACAGCAGCCAGUGCUGUGUCUGGUAUCAUUGCUGACCUCGACACCACCAUCAUGUUUGCUACUGCUGGCACUCUCAAUCGCGAGGGCGCUGAAACAUUUGCUGACCACCGGGAAGGCAUUCUGAAGACUGCAAAGGUGCUGGUGGAGGACACCAAGGUCCUGGUACAGAAUGCAGCUGGCAGCCAGGAGAAGUUGGCGCAGGCUGCCCAGUCCUCCGUGGCCACCAUCACCCGCCUUGCUGAUGUGGUCAAGCUGGGUGCAGCCAGCCUGGGAGCCGAGGACCCUGAGACCCAGGUGGUGCUGAUCAAUGCAGUGAAAGAUGUAGCCAAGGCCCUGGGAGACCUCAUCAGUGCCACGAAGGCUGCGGCUGGCAAAGUUGGGGAUGACCCUGCUGUGUGGCAGCUCAAGAACUCUGCCAAGGUGAUGGUGACCAACGUGACAUCAUUGCUCAAGACAGUGAAGGCUGUGGAAGAUGAGGCCACCAAAGGCACGCGGGCCCUGGAGGCAACCACAGAACACAUACGGCAGGAACUGGCGGUCUUCUGUUCCCCAGAGCCACCUGCCAAGACCUCUACCCCAGAAGAUUUCAUCCGAAUGACCAAGGGUAUCACCAUGGCAACGGCCAAGGCUGUUGCUGCUGGCAAUUCCUGUCGCCAGGAAGAUGUCAUUGCCACAGCCAAUCUGAGCCGUCGUGCUAUCGCAGAUAUGCUUCGGGCUUGUAAGGAAGCAGCUUACCACCCUGAAGUGGCACCUGAGGUGCGGCUUCGAGCCCUGCACUAUGGCCGGGAAUGUGCCAAUGGCUACCUGGAACUCCUGGACCAUGUGCUACUGCCGACCCUGCAGAAGCCAAGCCCAGAACUGAAGCAGCAAUUGACAGGACACUCAAAGCGUGUGGCUGGUUCAGUCACUGAGCUCAUCCAGGCUGCUGAGGCCAUGAAGGGAACAGAAUGGGUGGACCCAGAGGACCCCACAGUCAUUGCUGAGAAUGAGCUUCUGGGAGCUGCAGCUGCCAUUGAGGCUGCAGCCAAAAAGCUAGAGCAGCUAAAGCCCCGGGCCAAGCCCAAGGAGGCAGAUGAGUCCUUGAAUUUUGAGGAGCAGAUACUGGAAGCUGCCAAGUCCAUUGCAGCAGCCACCAGUGCACUGGUAAAGGCUGCAUCAGCUGCCCAAAGAGAACUGGUGGCCCAAGGAAAGGUGGGCGCCAUUCCAGCCAAUGCACUGGACGAUGGUCAGUGGUCCCAGGGCCUCAUUUCCGCUGCCCGUAUGGUGGCUGCAGCCACCAACAAUCUGUGUGAGGCAGCCAAUGCAGCUGUACAAGGCCAUGCCAGCCAGGAGAAGCUCAUCUCAUCAGCCAAGCAGGUAGCCGCCUCCACAGCCCAGCUCCUUGUGGCCUGCAAGGUCAAGGCUGACCAGGACUCUGAGGCAAUGAAACGGCUUCAGGCUGCCGGCAACGCAGUGAAGCGAGCCUCAGAUAACCUGGUGAAAGCAGCACAGAAGGCGGCAGCCUUUGAAGAUCAGGAGAAUGAGACAGUGGUGGUGAAGGAGAAGAUGGUUGGGGGCAUUGCCCAGAUCAUCGCAGCACAGGAAGAGAUGCUUCGGAAGGAACGAGAGCUGGAAGAGGCGCGGAAGAAGCUGGCCCAGAUCCGGCAGCAACAGUACAAAUUCCUGCCUUCAGAGCUGCGAGACGAGCACUAGGGAAACCGCUUCUAUUUAACACAGAGCCAACCCAGAGACUGUGCCUGCCACUUACCAAAGCCUUCUGGGCUGUCAGGGCCCAACCUGCCCAACCCCAGCACUCCCCAAAGUGCCUGCCAAACCCCGGGCCUGGCCCUGCCCAGUCCCACUGCACAUCCCCUAUCCCCUUCCCAGCUCCAAGUGCCUUCAGCCCUAGGGCCUCCUAAGUGCCUGCCCGUCCCCAGAGUAUUAACGCUCCAAGAGUAUUAUUAACGCUGCUGUACCUCAAUCUGAACCUGCCAGGGCCCCAGCCCGCUCCACCCUGCCAGCAGCUUCCAGCCAGUCCCCACAGCCUCAACAGCUCUAUGCAUCCUUUUUUGAUACUAUUUGCCCCCAUCCCCAGCUACCUAUGUGGGCUGCAGGGUUGUAAGCCCUGAACAGGUCAUCCUCCAAUAAAGGUGAUUCUGCCUACAA